CUUUUCCACAACUCAAUUGAACCUCAAUCAGCAUCAACUUUUGAUUCCUUUGCACAAUCUCUACAAUCUGACAAUGUCUUACAACAACGAUCGCAGCGAGUACGGUCAGCAGUCUGGCCGGUCCCAGGAGGGAUACUCCGGGGGCGGCGGAAGCGGCUAUGGGAACGACGACAGAUCAGGUGGCUACGGCGGCAGCUCGGGACGCGACGAUGAUAAUGACCGCACUUCUAGCGGCUAUGGAGGCGGCUCAGGACGUCGUAACUCCAAUGACCUCACCUCAGGUGGUUAUGGAGGACGUGAUAAUGACAACGACCGCCCGUCAGGUGGUUAUGGCAGUAGCUCAGGAGGCAACUACGGAGGUAGCUCAGGCCGCAAUGAUGACAAUGACCGCCCGUCAGGUGGUUAUGGCAGUAAUGAUGACAAUGACCGCCCAUCAGGUGGUUAUGGUGGUAGCUCAGGAGGCUACGGAGGCAGCUCAGGGCGGGAUAAUGAUAAUGAUCGCCCGUCUGGAGGCUAUGGGGGCAGCUCAGGAGGCAGUUACGGAGGUAAUUCAAGACGUGACGACGAUAAUGACCGUCCGUCAGGUGGCUACGGAGGCAGCUCAGGAGGUAACUAUGGGAACAGCUCAAGACGUGACGACGACAAUGACCGCCCAUCAGGAGGUUAUGGAGGCAGCUCAGGAGGAUAUGGUGGAUCAGGUAACCAGGGAGGCCAGCACUCUACUGGCACUUCCUACGGCGGAAGUGGUGCUCAUGGUGGAUCCGACGACGACUUUUCUGGCGCAGCUCAGCAUGCUGCGUCUGAAUACGGUAGCGGUGGUGACUCCAGUCUGUUUACCAGUGCUCUUGGUAUGCUGGCUGGCAACAAGAACAGUUACCAGAAUGAGAGUGUGGACGAAGAUGAUGCGGCCAAACAGCACGAGAAAUUCUAUGGCAGCGGUGGCAGCGGAGGUGGGCAAGCCAGCUCGAACAAUGUUGGCGCUGCUGCCGCUAUGCAGGCACUGAAGAUGUUUAACAACAGCAGCAAUGAUGAUUCCAAGGGUGGUCAGAACAAGUUCAUCGGCAUGGCCAUGGGCCAGGCUGCCCAGCUGUUUGAUAAGCAGCAGAGCCAGGGCAACACGGACCCUAGCGCUACCAAGCAGGAUGCCAUUGCCCAGGCAGGAAAGAUGGCACUCCAGUUCUACAUGAAGUCACAGACGGGUGGUGGCAGUGGCGGAAGUAGCGGCGGCUCUGGCAGCGCUCUUGGUGGUGUGUUGAACAUGGCCAGCAAGUUCAUGUCGUAGUAAAAUGAUCAGAAGCUGUUUUGCCUGGCUCAUGUAGAAAAGCUACUGUAGUAAUCAAUGAGGUUAUCUAUUCUGU